AUAAAUAAGACAACACCCUCCAGCAGCCGUCGCACCUUGUCUUCUUCCCUCUGAGUUCUGUUUACCUCCCGAUCCUCUCUCUGUACAAAUCUCUCUCUCUCUCUCUUCAAAUUCACUUCGCAAACAAGCUUCUUCCUGAAAAGUGAGUCUCGGAUCAGGUUAUCUGCAUUCUCUUAUUGUCCGAUCCAAUGCUAUUUCUCUCUCUCAUUGUCAGAUCAGUCUCUAAUCGUAUGAUUGAUAUUGAUGAAUUUGACCUUCUCGAGUUUGUGAAUUGAUUUGCACUUAAUUGAAGCUUGAUCAAGGUGAUGUUGAAUUGGGUCUCUGUGUAUUGCACUAGGCGCCCAAAUAAGUUUCAACCUCAUCCCUAUUUCAUCCACCACGAUCUGAUAUUAACUCUGCCUCUUUAGCAGAGCUAACCCGGAAUUUUUGCCCAUUUCCACCCAACCCAAAGUGAAAUUUAACAAAAUGAAAACAUGGUCUUGUUUGGACGCUUUUUGCAUCAACCAAAGUGGUUUGAUUGGGAUUUUACAUUUUAUACUGCGAUAGAGAACAAGUUUGAAAGAUGCAUCUGAACAGCCCAGAAAAUUGCUUUUAUUAUUGAUCUUUAUUUUUUGACUUGCCUUCUGGAUUUUGUGCAGAUAUAAUUUUACAACAGAAGUUUGUUGGCAUCCAUGGGGACUGCUAUUGAUGCUUCAAACAAGGUUCAAAAUGGAAGCUCACUAGUUGAGAAGAAGCUCAAGGUUGUUUUUGUCCUGGGUGGCCCUGGUAGUGGAAAGGGCACCCAGUGUGCAAAUAUUGUAGAGCACUUUGGCUACACCCAUCUAAGUGCUGGUGAUCUUCUUCGAGCAGAAAUAAAAUCUGGUUCUGAAAAUGGGACCAUGAUUCAGAACAUGAUUAAGGAGGGAAAGAUUGUUCCUUCGGAGGUAACAAUCAAGCUCCUCCAGCGAGCAAUGCAGGAAAACAACAAUGACAAAUUUCUAAUUGAUGGUUUUCCUCGUAAUGAGGAAAAUCGUGCGGCAUUUGAGUCCGUUACUGGUAUUGAGCCAGAAUUCGUUCUGUUUGUUGAUUGUUCGGCAGAGGAGAUGGAGAGGCGCCUUUUGAGUCGUAACCAGGGAAGAGAAGAUGAUAACAUUGACACGAUAAGGAAGCGAUUUAAGGUUUAUAUGGAAUCCAGUCUCCCUGUGAUUGAGUAUUACAACUCUAAAGGGAAGGUUCGGAAGAUUGAUGCAGGGAAGCCUAUUGGAGAAGUUUUUGAAGCAGUCAAAGCUGUUUUCACCUCCCCGAAUGACAAGGUAGAGCAAUGUAAUGCUUCACAGAAAGUAAAACGAUCUAAGUUAGGUUUGUUUGCACGGAAAGAAAAUUCUGGAAAAUGUCUUCUAUGCUGCUUUUGGAUGAAGUGUGGAUCAUCUUGA